AUGAUGGCGGAGCAGGUGAAAUGCUCCUCGGCGGGGGGCGGCUCCGGAGCGGGCGCGGGCUCGGUGGUGAACGCGGAGCUGGAGGUGAAGAAGCUGCAGGAGCUCGUGCGCAAGCUGGAGAAGCAGAACGAGCAGCUGCGCAGCCGAGCGGCCAGCGCGGCCGCCGCCCCGCACCUGCUGCUCCUGCCGCCGCCGCCCUCCGCGCCGCCCCUCGCCGGCGCCUGCAGCCCCCUGGGCCCGCGGAGUCCCCCGGCCGCCGCCGCCGUCCCCGCCUCGGGGGGCCUGGGCCUCGGGCUGGCGCUGGGCACGGGGGGUGGCGGGAGCCCCAGCCCCGCGUUCCCCGGACCCUUCUGCCUGCCCAGCCCGGCGCCCUCCCUGCUCUGCAGCCUGGCGCAGUCCUCUGAGGCGCCCUUCGUUUACUUCAAGCCCGCGGCGGGCUUCUUCGGCUCGGGCGGCGGCGGGCCGGAGCCUGGGGGCGCGGGGACUCCGCCCGGGGACGCCGAAGCGCAGCCCUCGCCGCCCCCCACGCUGCUGGACGAGGUGGAGCCGCUGGACCUGGAGAGCUUGGCCGCCUGGCGGGACGAGGACGACUGCAUUUGGUUAUACGUUGGCUCUUCAAAGACAUUCACCUCAUCAGAGAAAUCCCUGAGUCCUUUGCAGUGGUGUAGACACGUCCUAGAUAACCCGACUCCUGAGAUGGAAGCAGCCAGGCGCUCCCUGUGCUUUAGACUGGAGCAAGGUUACACUUCCAGGGGCUCCCCUCUCAGUCCCCAGUCAUCUAUCGACAGUGAGCUGAGUACUUCAGAACUGGAGGAUGAUUCUAUCUCCAUGGGAUAUAAGUUACAAGACCUUACUGAUGUUCAGAUCAUGGCUCGUCUGCAAGAAGAAAGUCUCAGGCAAGAUUAUGCUUCGACUUCAGCAUGUGUGUCAAGACAUAGCUCCAGUGUGUCUCUGAGUUCAGGAAAAAAAGGGACAUCCAGUGACCAAGAAUAUGACCGAUACAGUCUGGAGGAUGAGGAAGAAUUUGAUAAUUUGCCACCACCACAGCCUCGUCUCCCGAGAUGUUCACCUUUCCAGAGAGGAAUUCCCCACUCACAGACUUUUUCUAGCAUUCGGGAUUGUAGGAGAAGCCCCAGUUCCCAGUAUUUUCCUUCAAAUAAUUACCAGCAGCAACAGUAUUAUUCACCUCAACCCCAAACUCCAGAUCAGCAACCAAAUAGGACCAAUGGAGAUAAACUCCGGAGAAGUAUGCCCAAUCUAGCCCGGAUGCCAAGUACAACAACUGUUAGCAGUAACAUUAGUUCUCCAGUCACUGUGCGAAACAGUCAGAGUUUUGACUCAAGUUUGCAUGGAGCUGGAAAUGGAAUUUCAAGAAUACAGUCUUGUAUUCCACCACCAGGACAGAUUCAGCACAGGGUGCACAGCGUGGGACACUUCCCAGUGUCUGUCCGACAGCCUCUCAAAGCCACAGCCUACGUGAGUCCAACUGUUCAAGGCAGCAGUAACAUGCCUGUGUCCAACGGCCUCCAGUUGUACUCCAACACCGGAAUCCCCACCCCGAACAAAGCAUCGGCUUCUGGGAUCAUGGGCCGGAGUGCGCUUCCACGACCUUCAUUGGCAAUAAAUGGGAGUAAUCUGCCUCGGAGCAAAAUUGCACAGCCUGUCAGGAGUUUCCUGCAGCCUCCAAAGCCUCUGUCUUCACUCAGCACACUGAGGGAUGGAAAUUGGAGAGAUGGUUGCUACUGAUGCAGUUUUAUGUACUCUUUGAAGAAUGGGAAAGAAGUGAAAAUGAGGGUUGUAUUACCUAGCUGGCUGGGUAACAGUGGAUGUUGGGAUAUUCUUUCCCUUUUGCAUUUUAACAUAUUUACUGCAUUGUUUUUCAGUGGACCAAUCACCAGAGACUAAUUAUUGCACUUAAAUAUUUGCCUGAAAUACUGCAACAUUCUCAAACCAGUGGUUGCAGUAUUGUGACACUUAGAUCUAGCAAGUUUUUGUAGAACUGCUCUGUACCUGAAUACUUUUUGAAAGAAUUGAGAUGUAUCAAUAAUGCUUUGCCAUAUGAGUUUUUUAAAAGUAACUUGUUCAAUUUACUAUGUGUUCUAAACAUCUUUCCAUUAUAUGUUGUGUAUUUUAAUACAUCACAUAUUUACAGCUAGGUUCUAUAACAUGCUUUGAAUUUUACUUUUUUAUAGUUUACAGGAAUUUUAUUUUUCUGUGCCUAUUUCUUUUUACAUCUAUGUGAACCACUAUGGAACAACUUAAAUUUUGUGCCAUAAAAAUAUUUUUGUGGUAAGGUACUAUUUUUUUAGCUCUAGGGAUAUAUCAGCGAAAAUACACCAUACAAUUUGAGACAUAAUUUUAUGUUGAAUGAGCACAACAUAAUCUGAAGCAUUGCAAGGAGAUAGCCAGACAGCAGAGUUAAGCAGUCUUGUCUUUUUAUUGUUAAUUUAUUGUCGUACAUGAGUUUCAUAUUUAUAAUGGCAUCACAAGCUCAUUGCACUUAAUACCUGCAAUGUUUGCUACUAUACCACAACUGAUUUUCAAUACUUUAUUACAAAGGAUGAAACUGUAAUGUUUUAUUAACAAUGCUUCUGGAAAUGAAUGCAUUUUAAAGCAAAUAAAUCUUUUGAUAGACCUUUUACAAAAUCCAUUUGCACUAAUGAAUGCUUUCUUAUGGUAUAUGACUUAAUAUUUGUUACUGUGUACACUGCUGUUUUGGAAUGUUCAGAAAUAAAGAUUCUAUUUCAGCAAUAUCA